AUGGAGGAAAUGGAAGUAGAUGAAGUGGAUGAAUGGGCCGAAACCUCUUCAAAAGCCUCCUUUCUGGUUGCAUUUCGCAAUGUCCAGGACACUGUGACCGAGAGCAUGUUGGUCUGGCUUGUGCGGUCUAUUAGUGGCCUGUCAGAAGGAGACUUCAGGGUGGAAAUAAUUCCCAAUAAUGCUGUCAUCACUUUUCUAAAAAAUAUUGAUGUCAUGACAUUUGUUAAGGAGUGUUGUAAACACCCCAGAAUUCAGGAACUUCAGAUUUUUCCACAUCUUCUGGAACAAACAAGAAUCAUCCGAGUUGAAAAUCUGCCACCUGAUGUUGCUCACAAUUACAUAGCAAUUUUCUUUGGGAGUUCCUCAGGUGGAGAAAAUACAAUAACUAAUAUCCAGUAUUUCCCGGAGGAGAGGUCAGCCUUGAUUGAGUUUUCGGACAACAAAGCAGUGGACACCUAUUUGGCCAAAAAGCUUGUCUUCAAUGGAACAACCAUUUCUGUGUUCCCAUAUUAUGCCUCUCUGGGCACAGCCUUGUAUGGAAAGGAGAAGUCCCUAAAAAAUGAAGCUACAGUAUUUCAAAACUUUGUGACAGAAUUAGAAUACAAGUGGUUUAAUGAACAACAAGAGAGCAACAAUAAGUUUAAAAACAUAUUCAGCAGGAAAGACCAUCAUUCAAAUGGAGAUGUUCUGUAUUCAACCCAAACCAAAGAAGGCCUGCCCCUCAUGCUGAUAAAGGGAGAUGUUUGGUAUUUUGGGGCUGAUGUCAUUGUGAACUCUGUUCCUGCGAAUCUUCAGCUUGAAGGAGAAGCACAAGCUCAGGCUCUUUUGGACAAAGCUGGUCCAACGCUCCAAAUAGAGUUGAAUGCUGCUAGGGAUGGAAGCGAGGAGCCAGUGGGAAGCAUGGUUAUGACAAGCGGAGGGUCUCUGAACUGCCGAACUAUGUUUCAUGUUGUGCCUCCAGACUGGAACAAUGGAGUAGGAUUAACUAAGCAGAUCAUGGCAAAUAUAAUCCUGGAAUGCUUGACAAGAACAGAACAACUAUCUUUGUCAUCCAUCAUAUUUCCAGUGAUCGGAACAAGAAAUCAGAGGUUCCCCAAGGCUAUUUUUGCUGACUUAAUUCUUUCAGAAGUGUUCCAAUUUAGUAGCACUUCAUGGCGGAGAACCUUACAGAAAGUUUACUUCCUAGUGCACACAGUUGACGAGGAGAGCACCCAGGCAUUUUUACAUGCGUUCACCAGAAGAUCAAGUGAAAGUCCCAAAGAUAAUGUUGUGAGGACAAUGACUGGUGGCACUCAAGGUGUCUUUGGGACUGCUGCUAGCCGUUGGCCUACCUUUCGCCUUCAGCCUGUCUCUAGCCCUCAGCCUGCCUCUAGCCCUCAGCCUGCCUCUAGCCCUCAGUCCAUAGCACAUGAAAUGCAAAUUGGUGCAAUUACUUUCCAGGUUGCUAUUGGCGAUAUCACCAAAGAGAGGGCGGAUGUGAUUGUCAAUUCAACAACAAAGACAUUCAAUGGGAAGUCAGGGGUGUCCAAAGCGAUUUUAGAAGCCGCCGGCCCCGCUGUGGAAGAUGAAUGUGCUGCAUUAGCUGCACAGCCUCACCAAGAUUUUAUAGUGUCACAAGGUGGCCACUUAAUGUGCAAGGAGAUAAUUCAUGUUAACGGAGACAGUAACGUGAGGAAGACCAUUUAUAAGGUUCUCCGAGAGUGUCGAAGGAGGCGGUACAGCUCUGUUUGCUUUCCAGCCAUCGGAACAGGAAAUGCUGGGAAAAUCCCAACCGUGGUAGCUGAUGACAUAAUCAAUGGUAUUGCAGAUUUCACACAGAAACAUUCUGCUGGAUUACUGAAAACUGUAAAAGUUGUCCUCUUUUUACCUCAUCUGCUAAAUGUUUUCUGUGACAGCAUGGCAAAAAGAAAGAGCCAGAUGUCACCUGCCAUUCAGUUCCCAUCCUCUGGGACUACAGGUGAUGUUCCUAAGCACUGGACUUGCAUGAAUCAGCAGCCUCUCCGUGUGGUUCAGCUACAACCUGGGCAAUCAGAAUACAACACUGUACAGAGAAAGUUCAAUCAGACCUGUGCUUUGCACAAAAUAGAGAAGAUUGAGAGAAUAGAGAAUGUAGAUCUCUGGCAGUGCUACCAGGUAAAGAAAAAGCAGAUGGAUGCCAAGAAUGGUCAUACAAAUAACGAGAAAAUCCUUUUCCACGGGACAGAUGUUGACUCACUGCCACAUGUCAAUCAGCACGGCUUCAAUCGCAGUUAUGCUGGGAAGAAUGCUGCAGCCUAUGGAAAAGGAACCUAUUUUGCUGUAGAUGCCAGUUAUUCUGCUGAUGAUAGAUACUCCAAACCAGACAGGAACAGGAGAAAACAUGUGUAUGUUGCACGCGUUCUCACUGGAAUCUACACACGUGGAAGUGCACAGUUACUUACUCCUCCAUCCAAGAACCCGGACAACCCCACAGAGCUGUUUGACUCUGUCACAGACAAUACACAGAACCCAAAGAUAUUUGUGGUGUUCUUUGAUUAUCAAGCUUAUCCUGAAUAUCUUAUAACUUUCAAAUCUUCUGGUCGUGUAUUGCCUUGA